GUGGUUAGUGUCCCGGAGAGACGGUCGCAGAGAGGGCGUCUGAGGGAGAACCGAACGCUGUCUGAGCGAGCUGAGGAGUGGAGCGACGAGCCGGUGCAUGGGCCUGGGCGUGCUGGCCUGCGCGGGCCGCCGAGCCCAGAAUCUCCCAGGAGGGCCAAAGGGCUGGACUUCCGCAGCCAGCCUGGGCUGCUCCCAGCGUCAUCCGUGAGAGUGACUGGAGCUUGGAGAUAGUAAGAUGGCAGAUGAGGGUCUGGCCGGGCUGGAUGAAGGAGCCCUCCGGAAGCUGCUCGAAGUCACGCUGGACCUGGCCGAACGGCGCCGGAUCCGUUCAGCCAUCCGGGAGUUACAGCGGCAGGAGCUCGAGAGGGACGAGGGGGCCUUGGCGUCCAAGCGCUUCCGGGCCGAGCGCCUGGAGAACAAGGAAAACUGGCUGCACUCCCAGGCGCAGGAGGAGGAGCAGCGGGCAGCCCUGGCCUUGCUGUCCAGGAAGCUCGAGGCCAUCAGUGACGUGGAAGAACUGACCACCCUGCUGCGGGCGGCUGGCGAAUACGAGGAGCGGAAGCUGAUCCGUGCAGCCAUUCGCCGGGUGCGUGCCCAGGAGAUCGAGGCGGCCACCUUAGCAGGACGACUGCCCAGUUCCCACGAGGACAGCGAGGCGCGGGCAGCCCGCAGGCGGGCACGCCAGGAGGCGAGGGAGCGAGAACAGCAGGCCGAGCACGAGCAGCCCCCGGCGCAGACCAAGCAGUGGCCCGAAGAAGCCCCACGCUUGGAGCUGGACAACAUGGCCGCUGGGGCCCUCCUGCUGCUGGAUAUUCUGGGCCCGACGCCCCCCAGCCUACCCACCCCCCCUUCUACGCCGUCGCCCCCGGAGCCGGCCCAGCGCCCUGCUGAGGCAGGUGGUGAGGAGGCCAGUGAGGGGCCCCCCGGGGCCUCCCCAGAGGAGGAGCCGAGUCCUGGGAGUCCCCCCAGGGCCAUCAGCCCCGAGGAGCCCCGGCCUCUGCCGGCCCCCCAGAGCCCAGGACCCUGCCCGGCCCAGCCCAGGGAGCACGGGCCGGGCCAGCUUCCAGGCAGCGAGCUGGGCCCAAGCCAAAGAGAGCCGGAGGCAGAGACAGUGACCGGGAGCCCCAACAGGCAGAAAGCUGGGCAAUUAACUGGCAGAGGAGGAUUUGAACCCUGGGCCUCUGGCUCCAGAGACAGAGGACCUUCCCUCCGCCUGCACCCAAGUCUGAGGGGAGCAGGAGGGGGGGAGGGGGCCUGGGAAGGUGUCCAGCUUGGAGGGGGUGGGGGGCAGGAGGCGGGGCUCAGUGUGUCAGUGUGCAGGGGGGAGGUGGCAGAGCCACGACCAGCAGAGAAGGGAGGAGACGAGGGGCUGGGGGGAGUGUGUUGGGGGCUGUGGGGAGACUUGGGGGGCUGCGGGGAGACUCAGGGGUGCUUGAGGUGCCAGGUGAGGCUUAGGGCCCGCUCCCUGCCCCCACUCACGGCUUUCCCCUCUCUUCUGGCAUGCACGUGGCACCACCCCCUGCUCGGCCUUCUGCUGCAUUGGCAUUGGCAGUGCCUCUCUGCACCCGUCCAGCCCCCGCUCCUGCCAACGCUCCCUGUCGCUGCUCACCCCCCCGCAGGGCUCAGGCUGCAGAGCUCCCCAAGGCCAGUCCCUGCCAGCCCUUCCCCCUUCCAGAGGGCCAGCUCCGUCCGUGACCGAGUCCGCAAAUUCACCUCGUCCGAGGCGCCCGGCCCGAGCCCGCGAGGGGGGCGGCUCCCAGGCUCUGGGUCAGGCAGCCCCGGGACCCCUUCGGGCAAGCCAGCAGCGCCCGGCACUCACAGGCGGCGGAGAGGAGAGCUGGGCCGUCCCUCCUCCAGCAUCCCCGGCGGCGGCUCCCGCACCUCCUCCUGGCAGGCAGAGCCCCGGAUUGUGGGAGUCGGGGCCAGGGAGCGGGAGCGCCCUAAAGAGGAGGGCCCGGGGGGGCGGAGCCCGGCCGCGUCACGGGGGAGGCCCCUUGAAAACGGACAGAGGGGGGCCCCCGGCAGGCUCAGAGGAGCCCAGCGCCCUGCCCGCCCCGUCAGGCCGGCCGAGCCGGGCAGCAUGAAGACCACCUUCACCAUCGAGAUCAAGGAUGGCCGAGGCCAGCCCGGGCCGGUGCUGGGCCCCGGGGGCAACCAGAGGGCAGAGCUGACGCUGGGCCUCAGGGGCACCCCCAUCCGCUUUGGCGGUGGCAGCACCAGCGUGGGCACCAUCACUCACGUCAGCAGCCCCGGGACCGUCGCUCGCGUGGGCAGCACCCCCGUGCCCGUCACUCACGUCAGCAGCCCCGGGACCGUCACUCGCGUGGGCAGCACCCCUGUGCCCAUCACUCACGUCAGCAGCCCCGGGACCGUCACUCGCGUGGGCAGCACCCCCGUGCCCGUCACUCACGUCAGCAGCCCCGGGACCGUCGCUCGCGUGGGCACCACCCAUGUCACCAGCGUGGGCCGCAUCAGUAAGGGCAGAGCCAGGCCUCCGGGGCUCGGCGUUCACCCGGAGAGCUGCCACGAAGCGGGGUGUCGGCCCCCCACGGCCAUGAUCUCUGCCACAGGGGAGGUUGGGCUGAUGAGGAUUAGAGGCCGGGGAGGAGAGGAGGGGGCUGGCACGCAGGGCCUCCGGCAGCAGGUGCUGCGGGAACCGGAUCCUCUGGGGCCCUUCAUUAUUCACGAGCCGGGGAUCGGCUCCCCGGAGAUCGUGCCGGGGGCCGGCCAGACCCCGGGACGAGCAGGGAGCGGCUGUCCGGGCAGGCUCUGUGGCGGCCGCCCCACGAGUCACUGGCGCUGGGGCUCAGCUUCGUGCCGAGGGCCGGGCCGGCGGGGCCCGGGCGGCCACCUGUCCCUCUCCUCCCAGCCGCCCGCCCUGAGCCUGCCGGGGAAGCCCUUGGGGGGCUGCCAAGGGCGGGGGGAAGGGGCCCUGCGCCGCCCCCUCCCCUCCCCCGCAGGGACAAGAAUAGUCUCUCCGGAGGCAGGCAGCCGGCAGUCCUGGGCAGGGAGGCAGCCAGGAUGCCGGGGGUGGCGGCCUCGGCCCCGGAGUCGGAGGAGCGGCUGGCCGGGGCCCUGCAGCAGCUGCGUCAGGAGGUGGAGGACGGGCAGAGGGCGGCCGCCCUGGGCGGCAGAGGCCGCGGCGGCAGCCAUCGAGCCUGUGGCCCGGGCGGCCCAAGAGCUGCGGGAGGAGACGGCCGCCCUCCGAGGGCAGGUGGAGCGCCUGAGCCUCCGGCUGGAGGUCCUGAGCCUCCGGCUGGGGCCGCCCAACCCCAGCGCCCUCCUCCUGGCCGCCGAGGACCCCGAGGCCCUCUUCCAGGGAGUGGAGGAUGAGGAGGGGCCCGAGGCCACCCCCGUGGCCCAUCCCCCGGCCUUCAGCACCCGGCGGCUGUCCUCCGCGCCUUUGUCCCGUGACAGCAGCCUCAUGGACGCGGAGACCGUGGCGGAGACUCCCGCCGUGCUGGAGCGGGCCGUGGCCGUGGCCGACGGCGCCGAGAAGGGUCGGAUGGGGAAGGAGCCGGAGCCCCGGCGUCCGGGCAAGCUGUCCCCGGAGGAGCUGGCCGCCAUCGAAGACGAGAGCGCCCUGGACAGGAUGCUGGACCAGACGACGGACUUUGAGGAGAGGAGGCUGAUCCGCUCGGCCCUUCGGGACCUCCGGCAGAAGAAGAGAGACCAGCGGGACCGAGAGAGGGAGCGGCGGCUCCAGGAGGCCCGGGCCCGGCCGGCCGAGGGCCGGGGCACUACGGCCACCGAGACCACCACCCAGCAGAGCCAGAAGUCGGCCGAUGGCUCCGCCGUGAGGACCAUCACCAAGACGGAGCGGCUGGUCCAGUCUAGCGAUGGCAGCCGGACCUCCCGGACCACCACAGUGGAGUCGAGCUUCAUGAAGCAGUCUGAGAAUGGCGGCAGCAGGACCAUAGUCCAGACCAAGUCCUUCAGCUCCUCGUCCAAGAAGAUGGGCAGCAUCUUCGACCGCGAGGAUGAGGCCCCCUCCCCGUCCCGGGCGGGCAGCCUGGCAGCUCUGGAGCGGCGCCAGGCCGAGAAGAAGAAGGAGCUGAUGAAGGCCCAGAGCCUGCCCAAGACAUCGGCCUCCCAGGCCCGCAAGGCCAUGAUCGAGAAGCUGGAGAAGGAGGGCGGCGGCAGCGGGGCCAGCAGCCCCGCUGGCCCGCGGGGAGCAGUGCAGCGCUCGUCCAGCUUCGGGGUCCCCAACGCCAACAGCAUCAAGCAGAUGUUGCUAGACUGGUGCCGAGCAAAGACCCGCGGCUACGAGCACGUGGACAUUCAGAACUUCUCGUCCAGCUGGAGCGACGGCAUGGCCUUCUGCGCUCUGGUCCACAACUUCUUCCCCGAGGCCUUCGAUUACGGCCAGCUGAGCCCCCAGAACCGGCGCCACAAUUUCGAGGUGGCCUUUUCGUCAGCGGAGACCCACGCUGACUGCCCCCAGUUGCUGGACACAGAGGACAUGGUGAGGAUGCGCGAACCAGACUGGAAGGUGCUGGUGGACUGUGUGCCCCUGGUGGACGUGGAAGACAUGAUGAUCAUGGGCAAGAAGCCAGACCCCAAGUGCGUCUUCACCUACGUGCAGUCCCUCUACAACCACCUGCGACGUCACGAGCUGCGUUUGCGGCAGAAAGAACUCUAGAGCGCCCCCCCCCCCCCCCCAGCGUGUGGCUAGAGAAAGGCUCACGGGGUGGCAUCUCCCCUCCCCCCGGCACGGUCACCCACCCGGCACAGCCCCAGCAGCCCCGCCCCUCACAGCAUUUCACGGCGUUUUUAUAAAUUAUUCGUUCUCAA